AUGCCUCCCCAUUACGAGGACAGCAUCAGCAAGGCUGGCUCGGCCGACAAGGUCGGCGCACCUGAGCUCGAAAAGACGGCCACACUCGAGGAGGGCGAGGCCAAGUUCAAGAAGUUGGGAUGGAAGCGUUUGACAAUCUGUCUGAUCGUCGAGGCCAUCGCUCUUGGUGCGCUGUCGGUUCCUGCUGCCUUUGCCGCCGUCGGUAUGGUCGCUGGUGUUAUCCUCUCCGUCGGCAUCGGUAUUCUCGCCAUUUACACCAGUUACGUCGUCGGACAGGUCAAGAUCAAGUACCCUCAGGUCGAGCACUACUCGGACGCCGUCGGUCUCAUGUUUGGUCGCGUUGGAAUGGAAGUCGUCGGUGCCAUGUUCACCCUCCAUUUGAUUCUCCUCUCGGCCUCGCACACUCUUACCGGUACCAUCGCCUGGAUCCGCAUUGUCGACAACCCGACCAUCUGCGCCCUUGUCUGGUCUGUCAUCUCGGCCAUUCUUCUCUUCCUUCUGGCUAUUCCUCCCACCUUUGCAGAGUUUGCCAUCCUUGGCUACAUUGAUUUUGCUUCUAUCAUCGGCGCCAUCGGUAUCACCAUCAUCGCUACCGGAAUCGAGGCUCACGAUGCUCCCGGUGGUCUGGCUGCUGUGCCAUGGAGCGCCUGGCCUCCAGAGGACAUUACCUUCCAGUCUGCCUUCCUCGCAGUCACCAACAUUGUCUUUGCCUACUCCUUCGCCAUCUGCCAGUUCUCCUUCAUGGCUGAGCUUCACACUCCCAAGGACUAUGUCAAGUCCAUCUGGGCUCUUGGUAUCAUCGAGAUUAUCAUCUACACUGUUACUGGUGCUCUCAUCUACGCUUUCGUCGGUACCGAUGUCGCAAGUCCUGCUCUGCUUUCCGGCAGCAACAUGGUCACCCGUGUCGCUUUCGGUAUUGCUCUGCCCGUCAUCUUCAUCUCUGGCUCCAUCAACGCCACCGUCGUCGGUCGCUACCUGGUCGGCCGUUUCUUCAAGAACUCACCCAUUCGCUACACCAAUACCAAGCAAGGUUGGGCCGUCUGGAUUUUCAUCCUUGUCGCUCAAAUCGUGCUCGCCUGGGUCAUUGCUGAGGCCAUCCCCUUCUUCAGCGAUUUGUUGGGCAUCACUUCUGCCCUCUUCAUCUCAGGCUUCUCCUUUUACUUCCCAGCUCUGUUCUGGUUCCUGCUCAUCAAGGAGGGCAAGUGGAAUGCCAACGCCAAGAACAUUGGUUUGUCAGUCCUGAACGCGCUGUGCUUUAUCAUCGGCCUGACUAUUCUUGGCUGUGGUACGUAUGCCAGUGUCAAGGAUAUCGUCGACUCCUACGCUUCCGGCAGUGUGAGAACACCCUUCACCUGUUCUCAGGAGGCUUAUGCUUAA